UCCCAGGUCGUACGUUCCUGCGUACAACUGAUUGAUCAUGGCUGCAUUGUCAUCUACAUUGAUUGGGUUGGAGGGAGAGCCAGUCUCAGGCCUGUGCAUUGCGCCAGGCGGACUGUCUUUCUGUCCCUUCGACAUACGAGACUGCCCUUUUGAUGAAGUUCUGGCGGCGGGGAUCUGGAGUAUCACCUCUUGCCGGCCGCGUCGGGCUCCUCGUCGGUUCGUCAGACAACGGUUUUGGGUGAGGUGGAGAUGAUGGGGGAGACGGUGGUUUUGGGUUCGACCC